AUGUAUAUAACUAACGAUGAGUUCCGUGUUUUCUACGUUCGAAUUGUGCGCUUUUCGGCAUCAUCCAAGUUGUCGUCAAUGAAAAAGGAACUUUUCGAAACAAGGCAACUAAUGAACAUGACUAGUGCGCAAGACGAGUUUUCAAAGUGGGCAAAGCUUCGUCGCAGGGUGGAUAAGCUAUCUUCCCAAGUCGACGAGCAAAACAAGUCACUUGCAUCUUCGCAGUUUGUUUAUUCUAUCAUGUUCAAAUCGUUUAUGUUCGUGCUUAACAGUGCUAUUCCAUUUGUUUUGAACUGGUAUUACAAAAGAGUGCCAAUGUUUUAUUUACCACCCGGAGACUGGUUUGGUCCCAUGGGAUACUUAUUCAGCUUUCCCAAUGCGCCAGCCGGUGCUGUUAGCAGUACAGUUUGGACAACUGUCUGUGGACGUGUCCUGGCUCUUGUCGGUGAAUACGCCCGCGAGCUUUUUGUAAAGGAUGCAUACCUUGUGGCUGAACCACCCAUGACGACUGAGAAGUCAUCCGGUGACAAGGAGACUACAUCUAAAUUGAGCACAAACAAACCAGCAGCAAUGACUGGCGAAAAAUUUGAUUUCGGUAAGGAAGUCAAGGAAGCAGAUCAGCCUCAAGGCAUCUUGAAGCAGCGCCGUGCAAAUAAGAGUAGUGAUUGA